GUACGGAGUACCUACCUAGGUACUUUAUCACCAGACAAAGAAGCUAGAAUCUUUCCAACUUCUUUCUUUAUGAUAGAUCAUCACCACAAGUAACAAAAUCUUUUGAUCUGAUAUUAUGACGCCCAAAAGGAGUGAUUCUACAUCCAAAGUCCCCUGUUAAUUAGCACAAAGACGUUGCCCCCCUCCACGUCGCCAGUCAGACAGCGGAUGCCAACCAAGCGCCAGCGCCAGCCUCCUUCAAGCUAACAAACCAUCAUCUCGUCCCAAUUCUCCCACACGGACGGACCCCAGUUCGCAAGCUUCCGAUCCAGUCAACACGCACGCCCGAUCUUUUCCCCCAUUCAGCCUUGUCCUGCCCAGACAGUGUCAGCCCAAGGGGAUAGAAAGUUUGACAAACCAAGAUACAUCGUACUGUAUAGCUGUCUCGACUUGCAACUCCGUACUCCGUAGAUGUCUUGUCGUUCCCCAUUCGAUCCCUGGAAUUCGCACAACAAUAAAUCAACUGCUUUGCUUUGCUCCCCCUGCAUCGGCAGCACCCGCCUCACCGAACUAGUCUACGCAAGACAGAGACACGCAGCAGAUACGACGACAGAUUAUCACCUGCACAACACAAACGGCGACAUCCUUUCGCCCAAUUCCCCCCUUAAUUCGCGACGAUCGCGACCACUUCCUGCGUACGUCUACGCCUACGUCACCCACUGCAUCGCCAGUCGAUCUUCGAUAAUCCUUCCACCGCUAUAGCGAGCUUUUGGCUCUUACUUCCCCUCCGAUAGAAUCGAAAAAAAGAGACCACAUAAUCACCACAUCAAUCGAAGGGGCUGGACAAGGCAGACAUCAUGCCGGGGUUCGCUGAUUCCUUCUGGUCCAGCGAUUAUGCUGCUGGACUUGGUGUCCUGUUCAGCAAGCUUCAACAAGGUGUUCAUGAGAACAGACAGGUUCUGACCAUCGCACGCCUACGCGCCGAAGCCGAGGAGACGUAUGGUCAGCGACUUGGCGAUAUUGCUCCAUCGGCCGACAAGAUCACGGGUGGCUUCAGCCGUGAUGACGGAGCUACCGUUCGCAAGGCCUUCGAUGGCAUGCGAAAUGAGAUGCAAGAUGCUGCUCGCAACCACCGUCGCAUCGCCCAGAGCAUCCGCGACCUCGUUGUUAACCCCUUCUCCCGCUGGUGCGACGCUCACGAAGCUCGUAUCCAGGACUCUCAAGAUGAGCUGCAAGUGCGCAUCAAAGCUCACGAUCGUCAGGCUGAGGCAGUCAAGAAGCUCCGAUCCGUUUAUUUCAACAAAUGCCGACUAGUAGAGGACCUUGAAGAGGAAAAUAAGCUUGCUUUCCAGGAUCCUGAAACCAGCCCCAAAGGCAAUCAAAAUAUUCCCGAGAUUAAGGUUCAGCCUCAUAAGGAGGAGGAGCCCGAAGAGGAAGAGCUAUAUGAAAUUGGCGACGACACUUACCAGCCUGAGCAAGUGAAGAAGAUUCUUUCCCAGAUGCUUUCCAGCAUCAAGAUGGGUGAGACUAAGGUGCCAAUCCUGGGAACAUAUCUCAACACUUCCUCCGGUUCCGACAUCGUCGAAUAUUUGCAGCGUAGCAUGGGCAACAUCGGCGUGGCUUAUGCUGAGCGAAUUGGUCAAGAUCUUGUUAACAACGGUUUCCUUCGUCUCAUCGGUAAUGUGGGAAGUACAUUUGCCAACAGCUCUAAGAUGUUUUACCAAUGGCGACCCAAGGCUUUCCAAAUGGCUGGUGUUCCCGAAAAAAAGUCUAUUAACCGCACUUUCUCACUGGCUUCUACCGGCUCUGAGGGCGCUGAUUCUCCCGUUGGAACUGUCAGCGAGUAUCUUGCCAACUGGAAUGUUCUCAACAACUCUCACCCUAACGAGACCCCUAGCCAGCGCCUUAAGCGAGAGGCUUCCGAAGCCGAUGAGAAGUACCGCGAGGGCGUCCGCAAGCUUGACCAACUUCGAUGCGAGCUUGAGGAGGCUAUUCAUCUUCAUCUCAAGUUCCUUGAGCGUUGCGAGCUUGACCGUCUAAAGGCUGUCAAGACUGUUAUCCUCGACUUCUCGGGCACCAUUGGAAACGUCAUCCCAAGCCUGCAGUCUACUGUAGACCAGAUGAUGCUCUUCCAGGAGACCAUCCAACCCCAGAGCGAUCUGCGUUAUCUUCUCGAGACCUAUCGCACCGGAAGUUUCGUGCCCAAGGUGGUCGUCUAUGAGAACUAUUAUAAUAAGGUCGAUGAGCAGACAUUUGGUAUCGAUCUUGAGGCGCGCGCCAGAGCUGACAAGAAGCGCGUGCCCAUGAUUGUUACCACCAUCUUGACCUAUUUAGACCACCAUUACCCUGAUCUUGAAGGUGACGAGGCUCGGCGAGGUGUGUGGCUGCUGGAAGUUCCGCUAUCGCAAUCUCACCGUCUACGCGCCAAGGUUAAUGACGGCAAGCCUGUUUCUCCUGAUGUAUUUGAUGAAUUUGAUAUCCCCACGGUUGCCAGUUUGCUCAAGGUCUAUCUUCUGGAGCUACCUGAUUCUCUGGUCUCCUCUCACGUUUAUGAGAUUAUCCGAACUAUUUACUCUACCCCAUCUACUGACGCUGAUGAGUCCUCUCGCAUUGCUGCUCUCCAAUCUACUCUAUCACAGCUCCGCCUCACCAAUAUUGCCACUCUCGAUGCUUGCAUGAACCACUUCACUCGCCUGAUCGACCUGACUUCUGCCGAUGAAGCUUAUGUUGCGUCUCUUGCCACCACACUUGCGCCUUGUAUCCUGCGGCCACGAACUGAGACCUCACUCACUAUGGAAGAGAAGCAUGCGUACCGACUGGUCCGAGAUCUGUUUGCCCACAAGGAUGCCAUCUUCAGUGCACUGAAGCGUAUGUCUAUGGUUACACACUCCACUUCUGUUGGUAGCAACAACCGCCCUCGAGCUAUUAGUACCGACGAAAGCAACCGCAAGGCCCUUAUGGAAGAGCGGAAUAGAGCUCUGCUUGAAAAGGCCAAUGCUAGCCGCGGCCGUGAUAAGAGCCCUGCGCCAGGCCCCCGUGGUCACCGCCGAGACCGAAGCACUGGUGGACCAGAGACCCGAUUCCCUAUUGCCAGCCCAACAUCGGCUGUCGACCGACAACGCGCCAGUCUCGGCGGAGUUAUUAAGAGACAGAGUCUUGAAGUUCCCGAGCCAGAUGGUGCUGCCCCUGUAAAUGGUGAUGCUGAGAAGGAUAGGUCUGACGCCGACUCAGAGAAGCGAGACAGCCGUGACAGCACAGGGCGUACACCUACCAAGUUUGUUGGUGGCAAGCGAGUUCCUGUGGUACCAUCGACUCCCCCUUCAGAAUCCAACCGCGGCGUGCAGCUUGAAGAUGCUCCGAUGGAGGACUAGUUUUACGACACGGAGCCAAGUUUUAGACAGCGGUUGGAGGCGGAGUUUCGGUUCUGAACCAUGACAGAUCCAAAUAGACCCACGCCUUCAUCUUUGAUCUUAAACGGAGUUGGGAUUGGUUAACAGCGGGACUGCAGGAAUAGAGGGGAGCGGCUCGGGUUGACUCGGCCGUCUAAUCUAACUUGUCAUGUGUAUGUGUUAAUGGAACAUGAGCAAAAAAGAACUAUCGGUGUACUUUUUUUCUUGUCGCUUUUCUGGAUCUGGAUCUGGAUCUGGAUCUGGGCGUGGAACUGGAACUUGAACUGGAACUGGGUCCAGUCUAUUUUUGUAUUUAUGCCGUAUCAACAUCAUGAUACGGCAGCGAUUCCCUAUUCGUUAAGAGACUUGUUUCAGGACAUUGAUCCAGCUCGGGCUUGAUGAUAUUCCUGAGACCUUGUAAAUAUUGAGCGAAAAGCGGCCUAGCACAUGAAAGGCAGGACAUGAGAAAUGAUUCAAAGACUUUUGAUACUUGUUAUUAUCUGUUUGAUCCUCCUCCUGCUGACUGAGUGCCUCUGUUCUGCUAUCGAAUGCUCGCUCACGGACUCCUGAACUAUUUGUGCUCUUCUACUCGUCUUGAAUCUCGGCAAUACGCUUCUUCUUCCUUUUCUUCUUAGCAACAGCCACUUCACCACCAGAAGCAGGAGACUCGACGCCACGAGCACUGCUAUCAUCACCGCCUUCUUCCUCCAG